AGCAUCUGCAUCAUAAAUUUAAGGAGGGGGCAGUUCAUUUCCUUUUUGUUGUUGUUGUUGUUGUUGUUCUCUCUCACCCCCUUUUUAUUUUCUUUUUCCUCUCUUGUUGAUAACGGAAAAAAUGGUGCACCCAGCUGUCUAUGCAAUCAUUGCUUUUGCUGGUGUAGCUGCAAUAAGUUAUAAAAUAUAUGAGGAUUACCAAGAAGCAAAAAUGUACGAACAGUACCAGAGACAUCGUACUCGCUAUGAACAAGAGCGACAGCAAUAUAAUCACUUUGAAAGAAGGAACAAAGAAUUUGAUGAUAGUGAUGAUGAAGACACGUUAAGAAGAAGAAGACCCUUUAAGAAACGUAGUCAAAACGGGACUUCUUCCACUGAACAAUCGCAAUACGAGUUGACAGAUUUAGAAACGUCCAUUUCUGAAAGAAAAAGAAAAUUAAUGGCCGAACAAGCAUUUCUUGACCAAGAGGAAGAAAACCUUCGAAAUCGUAAGCAAGCACUCAUGAGAGGCUUUGAUGAUGAUGUCACCCAACAUUCGUCUAGAUUUAUCAGUAGCAAUAGUAGUAGUGAUAAUGAAGAUGAUCAAAGUCUUAAAGAUCAUAUGGCGUUAUUCAGCCGACCCCACCAGGAAAGUGCAGAAAACACCAGUGAUAGUACAGAGACAAUUCAUCGUGAGAAUGAUAGACCAUUACAUAACAGCACUGAGCUUUAUUAUCCCGCAGCAAGUCUUACACCUACCACAUCUACUGCUAACUCAGUAGUUUCUCAUACGAAUCGUAUUUCGGACUCGGAGGAGAGUUGGGAUGCUGUCAGUGAACGUGGAUGGAACCAAUCUUCAGCAAAUGAAUCCGACAACGAGCUCGAUUCUCACCAUAGCAUCACUAGCUUUUCAGAUAACGAGAAUCGUAUCCGGUUCUAACUUUUUUUUUUUUUUUUUUUUUUU